GGGGAAAUGUUGCCCUGAGAGCUGGGGUAUAGUAUAAAAGGCUAUGUCAGGGGGAAUAUUUUUGAAUUGAUAAGGGAGUUUAGAAAGCGAAGGGGAAAUUUCCUUUAGCAGUUUCAGAAGAAAACAAGUUUAAAGAGAGAGUGGCAUUCUACCAUCAUUCUACUGUGAUUUGAUCUGUAAUUGAAUAGCAAAUUACGAUAUUUUUAUUUUCUGUUAUCAACUUAAGAGUGACUAUCUUCAUAUUAUAGAAUAUGGCUUCGAUUUUACCUGCUUCCAACACAUCCAUGAGAUCUGACAGGAAUACAUAUGUUGGAAAGAGUUUUGUUCAUGUUAAAAAUCCUUACCUGGACUCUAUGGAUGAAGAUGUUCUCUAUCACUUGGAUUUAGGAACAAAAACACACAACCUACCGGAAAUGUUUGGAGAUGUAAAGUUUGUCUGUGUUGGUGGGAGCCCCAACAGAAUGAAAGCAUUUGCACUGUUUAUGCACAAGGAGCUCAGACUGGCGGACAGUGAAGAGGACAUCAAGGAUAUCUGUGCUGGGACAGACAGAUAUUGUAUGUACAAAAUUGGUCCCGUGCUCUCCAUCAGUCAUGGCAUGGGCAUCCCCUCCAUUUCUAUUAUGCUUCAUGAACUCAUUAAAUUACUAUACCAUGCCCGAUGCUCUGACGUUACCAUCAUCAGAAUCGGCACAUCAGGGGGAAUAGGGAUUGCGCCGGGAUCUGUUGUAAUAACAGAUGAAGCUGUAGACUCCUUCUUUAAGCCCCGGUUUGAACAGGUAAUCUUGGACAACAUUGUCACCAGAAGUACUGAACUUGACAAAGAACUGGCUGAGGAACUAUUCAACUGUAGCAAAGAAAUUUCCACCUUCCCAACCGUCAUUGGACAUACGAUGUGUACCUAUGAUUUUUAUGAAGGCCAGGGUCGGCUCGAUGGAGCACUGUGCUCUUUUUCUAGAGAAAAGGGUUUAGAUUACUUAAAGAGAGCAUAUAAUGCUGGCAUCAGAAAUAUUGAAAUGGAAUCUACGGUGUUUGCAGCCAUGUGUAGACUUUGUGGUCUAAAAGCUGCUGUGGUCUGCGUGACACUUCUCAACAGACUUGAAUGUGACCAGAUCAACUCUCCCCAUGAUGUUCUCGUGGAGUACCAGAAACGGCCUCAGCUCCUAAUCUCCAAAUUCAUUAAACAGCGGCUUGGAUUAUGUGACCAGACAUCAUAGGUGGGCAGCUCAAUCCUUCUCUGCAAAUUCACAGUUCCAGUCAUAAUGUUGAAGGCAUAUAUUAUUUGUGACAUUUUUGUAUAGUUCUCAUCCACAUGGUAAAAUUGUAAUUGAAUGAUUUUAUAAAACCUUUUCUCUUAAAAAUGAAUUUGUUGAAAAGAAUUUAAUAACUUACAUUAAAUUAAGUUCAAAUUUCGUUUUAAAAUGAGUUAGCUAAGUCAGUCUAAUAAUUAAAAUUGUAAAACUGUAUUGUGACAUUUGGAGUUUCAUAUGCAGCAUUAAUUAAGUUCACAUCAAAAUAGAUCAACCACUUGUAGAUUCAGUUACCCGUCACUCUGCUUCUGAAACCAAUCCAGAAAUUCAUGUUAGGAUGUUGUCAGGCACUUCUAGGUGUUGGACAAGUGACAGAAAUUGAUCAUGCACAUUCAAAAUAUUUACAGAAAAAAAGUGUCAGUGUAAUGUAGGUCUCUAUGAAAAAGCUACUCAUAGAGAAAUAGGACCAUACUUCUUUUUUUUCCCCUGCAGGAUUUUAGUGCACCACAGAAUAGGAUUCGAGGCUGAGGUUUGCCCAUGUUUGUGAUUUUAUCACAAGCUGUAACAACUCUAGAUCACACAUUGAUUUUCAGAUGAAAACCUUUGGAAAUGCAAAGAAAGAUCUUCAUUUUUCUUCCAAAAUCACACAUGAUUAAACUAUUUUCUAACAAACUUUUCUUUUAAGGAAACGCAUUUCAGAAGGGCUGUAUUUUUAAAUUUUCAUUUCAAUAUUAACCUCAUAGGCAGAGGAAUAAUAACAACUGAAUUUAGACUUGAGUUCAAGAUGUUAAAGUCAUCCUUUUGAGUGACUUUGAAGUGGUCUUGCCUGCACCCUGCCCCGCCUCUGGCAGACAUGGUGUCACUUGGAGGGUAUACUAUGCUUUGUAUAAGUUGAUGCUGCCUGGAGGGGGCAGUUCUUCUAAAGAUGAUACACUUAGGAGUUGGGAGGCAUGGAUGGAGGAUGCGUGGAGGAUGGCUUACCAUCUUGAAUAGUAUGUAAUGUUAUAUACAUAUAUUUAUAUUGUUGUGGCUCAAAUAAAGUUUAAUCCCAACCAUGAUAGAGA